AUGAGAAACGCGGGCUCGGUGACACAUUUUGCCAAACUUUCGGCUUGCUUUGCGUUGAUUUUGCUCGUGUUGGCACUGGUCGGGUUCGAGUUGGCAGCAGCAGCACCAAGGGCUGACACUGGAGACUCGACGUCGCUGCUGAGUGCUACAAAUUUGCAACAGAGUGCUGGCCAACAACGCUGUAAUCCGUGUUGCUGGCGAAAAACUGGACCGAGUUGCCAAUUGAUGAGGAUUGCGUGGGACUUGCUGAGAGCAGCAGUAGCUUUGACGCCUGUUUUCGUGUUGCUGAUAACUGUGCUCCGGAUCUCGGGAAUUUCCGCUGGUCCUGUAAGAAUAAUCAACAAUACUGUAACCCGUGCUGCUGGCGAACAACUGGGCCAUCGUGUCAUCUUUCCUGUUCGGAAUACUGCCGGCGAAGAACCGGUGUUUGAAUCCGUGAGUGCCUCUCAUUUUGCCCCGCUUUCGAUGCUUGAAGAAUUUUCGACGAGUUUCGGUACGUGA